UGGGGCGGGGCCGGGCGCUGAUUGGCCGCCGCGGCGGCGGAAGGGGCGGGGCGCGCGGCGGGGCGGGCGCGAUGGCGGCGGCGGCGGCGCUCUCGCGGGUGCCGGAGGUGGAGAUCGACGGCGGCGGCGUCUUCAAGUACGUGCUGGUGCGCGUGCGCGCGGCCGGCGGGCCCGGGAAGGACGUCGUGCGCGGCCACGGCUGGGCCGAGUACCACGCCGACCUGUUCGAGCGGACGGCGGAGGAGCUGGCGCAGCAGGGCCUGGUCUGCGAGUGCCUGGGGGGCGGCCGCCUCUCCCACCGCCCCGAGGAGAGGAAGAUCCACGUCUACGGGUACUCGGUGGGCUUUGGGCGAGCGGACCACGCCGUGACUACGGAGAAGCUGAAAGCCGAGUAUCCAGACUACGAGAUCACCUGGGCGAAUGAAGGCUACUGACUCGCCCUGGCUGGGCAACGGCAUUGGCACCAGCCUGGAGCUGGUGCGGCUGGAUCCAGCGUCGGGGCGGUGGCAGCAGGCUCCCCGUGCUCGGCAGCACUCCGGGCUCUCCUGGUUUUCCUUUGUGUUGAACUCGCCUGUUCUCCGCUGUCGCCGGACUUCCCGUGCACCGUGGGUGCUCCCCACCUCCCUGGCACAGCGCGGCAAAGCCUUGGUGAAGCCAGUGGGUGCUCUGCCUUGGCCUCCCCGGUGGCGAGGGGGUUUGUCCCACAUGUGUAUGUGAGAAUUAAACACGAUGGGGAGCACA